AUAAAUCUGCAAUUUUCCACUCAAGCAACCUAUAUAUAAUUUCAUUCAUUUCAGUUCUUUUAUUUAGUAAUAAAAUACGAUCGCAACGUCAAAUUACAACAUUGAUAGUAUACAGUUAAUAUACUACAAUAAUACUACAAUGAAGCUGUAUUGUAUCAAAUUGUAACUCACAAAUUCCAUGAAUCUCGACAUAAAUCUUAACUUAACCCUAUGUACCAUUGAUUCGUCUCGUGUCAAACGUGAAUGAGGCUUUACCCAAUAACGAAGUAAAUACCAUCGACUUACUAAUAUCAAACUAACGCGUAUAAAUUUCUGUUUCAAACUCAGCUGCCACUUUUCUUGUUCUUAACAACUCAUUUUUCCAGUUGGAAAAUUAACAAGUCAUCGUUAUAACGUCACUUUCGUUUCUGCCACGUGUGAACGAGGCUUUACUCUUCGGUGCUGAGUUUUACGACGAUGAAAAACAGCAUUUUAAAUAGAUUUUAGUAAUUUGUACAAACUUUCUAUCUCACUCCUUUCUCUUUAAACUUUCUCUUACUCUUGAUUUCUGCCACGUGUGAACAGGCCUUUACUCUCCACUCUCGCUUUCGUUGAGCCUUCAACUGUCGCAUCAGGUGCGGCGAGUUUCGUGACGGUUAAAAGAUGGAUUCACUGAGUCCGACGUUGCGGUAGGUACAAAAUCACGAUACGAGAUCCAGGACGAAUCAGUCCUGAUGCACCGUUCGAAAUAAAGCAGCAGGACUGAUCGCGAUCGCGACAGACAACCAGCGGCGAAAAAUUCACGGCUCCACGGCCCGACACAAUGACGCAGCCGCCUUUUUGAUGUCAAACGAUCAGCCUGAUGACGACGCCGCCAACGAUACAGAUCUGUCUACGGAUAAGCAAAUCCUGUUGCAAAAUCUCGGUGGUAAACGAUCGUGUGUCGAGGCUGUGACGUCCGGCCACAAAGCUUCUAUCGAGCAAAGAACGAGGGACGAAGGAGGCGUAAAGAGAAGCUUGGCCGAUCAGAAAGGGAGCGAUGAUGAGUCUCGGGUGUCCGGAGAUAUUUGUCGAAUAUGCCACAUGGGCAGCUUCUCAACGGUCGACGAGAAUCGAGCCAGUUACGAAAGACAGAACCAACCUAUUCGUGGAGUUGACAGUCAAACGUCGACAUUAUCGUCCUACGCGUAUCUCGGCCCUUUGAUCUCAGCUUGCAAGUGUCGUGGGACAGUAGCGUUGGUACACGUAGAAUGUCUUGAAAGAUGGCUGACAGAAUCGGGUCACUCUAGAUGCGAGCUUUGCGGCUAUAAGUACGCCACUAAAAGAGUACCACGUCACAACAUCAUUCGUAGUGUUGUAAUAUGGUUCAAUACCGUGAUAGUGACUCGACAAAUGCUUCUAGAUAUAUUGUAUCUACUAGUCACCACGCCACUAGCCCUGUUCUCCUGCUACAUCUGUGUCCUGGCUCUAAAAAUGUUGCUAAAACGAGGCCUGCAAGAGAUGCCCUGGAUGAUCGUUGCCAUGCUUCCCACUUGUUCCCUUACUCUAAUCGCUUACUGGGGUUGGAUAAUUACUCUGGCCAGACUGCACGGGCGUAGAUGGCGCCGUUAUUGGAGGAGCAAUUUCGUCAUACGUUUGGUUCCUGACGACUUCAACAACGCUGAAACGAAUUCGAGGCAAGAAGGGACCACCGGCAACCAUCUUCACCAGCAGAGGCCGUACGCGGACGACGAGACGAUGGAAAUACGCGACGUCACGUCGAUCGAUCGGUCCGAAUGAAUCUACACGCAGGAUUUAAUUGCUGGUAAUUUGGUUUCAUUAAAAGGCGGCUCUAAUCGAGCUGGUUACCAACCAUCGAGGACAAUUAAUCGCAUCAAACUGCAUGAGUUUCCACGUCGCUUCCGGUUGUCUGUUAUCUUCGUACGAGAACAAAUCGGAAAGUUGAUAUAAUUUAUAAAAAUCAGCUGUUAGCAUCAUGCUCGCAAUUAUUCUCGCAAUAGUGUUAUUUAUAAUUUUGGUUCACCUUAUGAUAACGAUUAAUAGUGACUUGCUCAAGAUCGUUGUGAAAUUUCAAAUAGCUGCGAUGUUACUGAUAAAGCAUUAAUUUUACUAACUAGGCUGUUACUAAUAAAACAAUUCCAUUGUACGAUGGCUUGCUUCUUUUUAUUUCGCUGUUAUUGAGAGUAAUCUUUGCAGGAAGAAGUAGUUCUCUUUUCGUUUUCUGAUUU